GGCCAUAGCAUAGAAGUAUGUUAAAGAAAAUGCAGGGAGCAAGGAGGAGAAUUGAUGUUGAUUAGAUUCGUUGGAUUAAAUCAUUUAAAAUCCUACGGCUGUGAGGGAGUUGUGCCGUUUUGUCCUGUGUAAAUAUCGAAAAGCCUCUCGGUGUCAACUCAAAGAAGACCCCGAAACAAACCAAAAGCCGGCAUUGUGCUCCAACCCCUGAUCUCGGAUAAUCCUUCAUGGCCGAUCAACAACUGAGACUCUAUUCCUACUUCAGGAGCUCUUGCUCUUACCGUGUCCGGAUUGCCCUCAACCUCAAAGGGCUUAAGUACGAGUACAAAGCCGUGAACUUGUUGAAGGGAGAACAGUUCAGUCCUGAGUUUAGAAAGCUCAAUCCGAUCGGAUAUGUGCCGGUGCUUGUGGAUGGGGACAUUGUUGUUUCCGAUUCAUUUGCCAUUUUAUUGUAUUUGGAAGAAAAGUACCCGCAACAUCCGUUGCUACCUAAAGACCUUCAACGAAAGGCCGUUAACUUCCAGGCCGCAAAUAUUGUUUCCUCAAGCAUACAGCCCCUUCAGAAUCUGGCAGUACUGAAGUAUAUUGAAGAAAAGGUUAGUCCAGAUGAGAAAAUGGAAUGGGCGAAAGUUCAUAUUGGGAAAGGUUUUGCAGCACUUGAAGAUCUACUGAAAAACUAUGCAGGAAGAUUUGCAACUGGAGAUGAUGUUUCCUUUGCAGACAUAUUCCUAGCCCCCCAGAUUCAUGCAGCUUUUACAAGGUUCAAUCUAGACAUGACCCAGUUCCCCCUUUUGUCCAGGUUGCAUGAGGCAUACAAUGAGAUACCAGCUUUUGUAGAUGCUAGACCAGAUAAGCAGCCGGAUGCUCCUUCAUAAUAGGUUACCAACAAGUUCAAGAGAAAAAUUGCCAACUAAGGUUUUCGUCGAAGCAUUGGAAUGUUGUAAAACAGUAAUACUAAAAUUUAUAAAUAAGGGUUGUGCAAUAAUGGAACAGCUUGAAACUGCAGUGUUGUAACCUAAAUGUAAAAUAAUGUAAUUGUCUGGAUUGUAUGUCAAUAGUCUUCAGCACCCCUUGUACACAUUGUGUACUUGGAUGAUACAGCUUCUAUCCUUCUGUCCAAUAAACCGUAUCUAAAGACUCUUCGCUGUAUCAGAUUUUCAGUGAUGCUUC